UGGGAGGGGGCUGAGAAGCUGUUUGUGAAGGUAAUGGAGACUCGCAAGACUAAGCUUGGGGCCGAUCACCUAGCUACGCUGACGAGCAUGGGCAACCUAUCGUCGAUACUUUGGAACCGGGGCCGGUGGAAGGAAGCCGACAAGCUGUUUGUGCAGGUGAUGGAGACGAGCUUUCGCGAGGGAAUACGUUCCAAACACGGUCAGAGAUCCGGCUUUCAAGUUGUUCCAAGCUCUAGAUGCAGACUCCCGCGUAGCAAACAGUGCUAG